AUGAUGAACCCAAAAAAGGGAAAUCAAACGUCCGUUGCAGAAUUCAUCCUCCUGGGAUUUGGGACUCUCCCUGAACUGCAAAUCCUUCUUUUCCUGCUGUUUCUAGUGAUCUACAUUGCAACCAUGGCCGGGAACAUCCUCAUCGUGGCACUAGUUGUGACUGAUCAACACCUUCACACCCCCAUGUACUUCUUCCUGGGGAACUUGUCCUGCUUGGAGACCUGCUACACCUCGACCAUCCUGCCCAGCUUGCUGGCCAGUCUCCUGACCGAGGGCAGGACUAUUUCAUUUAGUGGGUGUAUCACACAAUAUUAUUUCUUUGCUUCUAUGGUUGCGACAGAAUGCUUUCUCUUAUUGGUGAUGUCAUAUGAUCGGUAUUUAGCCAUAGGCAAUCCAAUGCACUAUGCUGCCCAUAUGAGUGUCAGGUCUUGCCUCCAGCUUGCAGGUGGCUCUUGGACAGGUGGCUUCCUACUUAGUAGCCUAACAACAUUGUUGAUAACCCAGUUGACUUUCUGUGGACCCAAUGAUAUUGACCAUUUCUUUUGUGAUUUUAUCCCCCUGGUAAAAAUCUCCUGCAAUGAUCCUCAGAUGAUGGAAAUGUUGGCUUUAACACUCAGCUUGAUUUUCUUACUGGUCCCAUUCCUACUUACUUCGAUGUCCUACAUCUACAUCAUUGCAAUCAUCCUAAAAAUCCCUUCCAGCACCGGGAGGCAAAAGGCCUUUUCCACCUGCUCCUCCCACCUCAUUGUGGUGACCAUAUAUUAUGGAACUCUACUGAUUGCCUAUAUGUUCCCCACAACCAACAAACUGAGAGACUUCAAGAAAGUUCUCUCUGUCUUCUACACUGUCCUGACUCCCCUGGUCAAUCCCCUCAUCUACAGCCUGAGAAACAAAGAGGUCAAGGAGGCCCUGAGAAAAGCUAGCAGGAAAUCCAUGUUUGGACAAUGCUAA